AGAAUACGAGUUCGCCUUGAAAAAAAAGUGAUGUUUAGCGGGUGAUUUCGCGGGAGUUGUUUCUUUUGCUCACAGACAAGGAAUAAAUUCCGUGUUAUCUUAAAAUAUAACUUAUUAACCAGUUAAAAACGGGUAGCACUUGACGCUUGACUCUCCCUCCUCUAAGGACAGUCAUGUUUUCCGACAUGAGCGCCCAGAAGCAGGGCUCCUCUCUGCUCUGCCGCCCUGCCUCCGAGGACCAGGGACCGGUGUUUGAGAGGGUGUCGCUGGCCUACAGUCCAUGUGCCGAGCGCUACACGGUCGGGGAGCGGAGCUUUAGUCGUCAGUAUGCUCAUAUUUAUGCUGCACGACUCAUGCAGAUGAGGCCUUUGCUCUCAGAGAGAGCUCAGCAGAAGUGGGGUUCAGAUGUGCUUAUCAGGAAGCUGUGUGAUCUUCAGACAGGGGAGCAGUGUUGCAUUGUGGGAACCUUGUUCAAGCGUAUGGAGUUGCAGCCAUCUAUUCUGAAGGAGAUCAGUGAGGAGCAUAACCUGCUGCCUCAGCCCACACGAGCCAAAUACAUCAGUGAAAACGAUGAGCUGAUUCUAGAGGAUGAGCUACAGAGGAUCAAACUGGAGGGCAAAAUUGACAGAGACAAAUGUGUCACAGGUAGUGUUAUUGCUAUAUAUGGAGCUGAAAGAAAUGAUGGGAAGUUCACAGUUGAGGACUUCUGCACAGCUGAUCUUCCUCCGCAGACACCAAAAGCUGCUCUCAGCUCUGACAGGUUUGUGCUCCUGGUCUCAGGACUUGGUCUUGGCAGUAGUCACGCUGACAGCAUGCUGGGGCUACAGCUGCUGGUUGACAUGGUAACCGGUCAGCUCGGUGACCAGGGUGAGCAGAGCGGUGCAGCGACAAUUUCCAGGGUCCUACUGGCUGGUAACCUCCUGAGCCAAAGCACCCAGGACAAGGAUGCAUCAACAAAGCCCAAGUACCUCACCAAGAAGACUCAGGCUGGCAGUGUGGAGGCCAUUCGUCUGCUGGAUGAGCUGCUGCUUCAGCUGGUGGCCUCAGUUCCAGUAGAUGUAAUGCCGGGCCAGUACGACCCCACAAACUACACCCUUCCUCAGCAGCCUCUCCACCGCUGUAUGUUCCCCCUGUCCUCAGUGUACCCCACACUACAGUUGGCCACCAAUCCAUACCAAGCUAACAUUGAUGGAGUGAGGUUCCUGGGCACAUCAGGUCAGAAUGUCUGUGACAUUCAGAAGUACAGCAGCAUGGACAGUCACCUGGAAAUACUGGAGGAUACGCUACGACUCAGACACCUGGCCCCAACGGCUCCUGAUACUCUUGGUUGUUACCCAUUUUACCAAAAAGACCCUUUCAUCUUGGAUGAGUGUCCUCAUGUUUACUUCAGUGGCAACGCCCCAGCCUUUGAGUCCAAGCUCAUCAAAGGUGCUGACGGCCAGGAAGUCCUAUUGGUUACUGUUCCAGACUUCAGCAGCACCCAAACAGCAUGCCUUGUCAAUUUACGUACUCUCGCAUGUGAGCCAGUCAGCUUCUCGGCCUUCUCUGCUGACGACGAUGAGGAAAGUGAGAUGAACAUCAGCCACUGAGGGGCCAUAUCCACAUGCAGUACAACACACUGACACUUCUCGGACACUGUUGAUAAAUAUUCAGACUAAUUUCUCCACAGAGGACUCACAGCAACACUGGGGGCUAAGAAUUACAGUCCUUGCUACACUGAUGCUGUCCGGUAUUAUAAUGGUCAAUGAAUUGCUGUAAAAACUGCCUUAUAAGUUUAUUUCUAAUGCUAUGUUCAUGGUGUUUAUUCAUACAACUUAAAGAGAUAAAGAGCACUGAUAGCCCAGUAUUCCACUUAGGGUUCACACAGCUGCUUAAAAAAAAGAGGCAAAGGUUGUGUUUUAACAAGCCUUUAUUUGAAAAAUAACUACUCCAGC